AUGGAUGUCACUUUCUGUGAAUCUGUGUCUUUCUUUUCUUCUUCUCUGCCAUCUCCUCCGAGGGAGCGUAGUAGUGGUAUGAAUGAGAUUGCGGAUAAGGAGAUGGCCUAUCAGCAUGAGUUGUCUUUUUUCUUUCCUAGUCAGCGGACUAUUAUUUGUAGUGAGGGGGAGCCUAAUAGUUCUCUUGAUAUGGAGCUUGACAUUGGUGGUCGUUUGGACAAGGAAUUUGAGAUCAAAGACCUUGGUUCGUUGAGAUACUUUCUUGGAAUUGAAGUUGCCAGAUCUGACAAAGGCAUCUUUCUUUCUCAGCAGAAAUAUAUCCUAAAUCUUCUUGAGAAAACUGGCAUGUUAGGCUGCCGACCUGCUGAUUCACCAAUUAAGGCUAAUCAACAUCUUUGUAGUGGUGUUGGUGAUUUUGUGGGAAGACUAAUAUAUUUAUUUCAAACUCGUCCAGAUAUUGCCUAUGCAGUUGGGAUAGUGAGUCAAUUUAUGCGUGAGCCUUGUGCCCCUCAUUUGGAUAUAGUGUAUCGCAUUUUGAGGUAUCUUAAAUCUGCUCCUAGAAAAGAGAUUUUAUUUUCCAAUCAUGGUCACUUGAGGUUGGAGGCAUUCACAGAUGCUGAUUGGGCUGGUUCUAUAGAUGACAGGCGAUCUACCUCCGGUUAA